AUGUCCGGCACAGGUCCUCGCGAGAAUGUCUUCGCGACUCGAAUGGCGCUCACCAACACCAAACUGCGGCUCAAGGGUGCCCAAACAGGCCACUCGCUGCUAGCCAAGAAGCGAGACGCUUUGACAACACGGUUCCGAGCCAUCCUGCGCAAGGUCGACGAGGCAAAGCGGAAGAUGGGCCGAGUAAUGCAGGUGGCCUCUUUCUCGAUGGCCGAAGUCACCUAUGCAACCGGUGAUAUCUCGUAUUUGGUACAGGAGCAGGCAAAGCUGGCCUCCUUUAGGGUGAAGACGAGGCAGGAGAACGUUUCUGGUGUCGUCCUACCUGCGUUCGAGGUUGAUCGUGUUCCAGGAUCAGAUUUCAAUCUAACCGGUCUUGGACGAGGAGGGCAGCAGAUCCUAAAGGCCAGGGAGGUUUAUGCCAAGGCUCUGGAGACGCUCGUUGAAUUGGCGUCGUUACAAACUGCGUUUACGAUUCUUGACGAAGUGAUUCGAGCUACCAACCGCCGAGUCAAUGCAAUCGAGCACGUCGUCAUUCCCCGACUAGACAACACCAUCAAAUACAUCAUGAGUGAACUUGACGAAAUGGACCGCGAAGAGUUCUUCAGGCAAGUCGAUUCAUUCAGACCGCACAAGACAUAUCUACUGACGGAGGACCCCAGAUUAAAGAAGGUGCAGGCCAAGAAGAAGAGGGACAAUGCAAUCCGCGACGCAAAUGAGGCCGAGAAGCAGCAACAGGAGCCAUCGUUCGUCGAUACUUUGGAGGAAGGUGAAGGAGUAUCCACCGAUCUUCUUCGCAGCAAGGACGAAGAUGUUAUUUUCUAG